AAUUGCUUAUAAAGACCUUAUAAAGACCUUAUCCAGACCAUAAUUUAUGUCAGGAAAAGCAGGAAAUGCAUCAUCAGAUGCUGGAGAUAUUCCAGAGGAAUCAUGUACAGAAGAUCUACUUUCUAAGCGUAGAACAAAACGAAGUAUACACCGCGUCAGAUUUGACGCGGAAGAAGGCCUAGAAAACAUAGGAGAAGUAUCAGCAGAAGAAUCGGCACAUAUAUUAGUAGAAGGAGCUCAAGGCAGUAGUUCUCAGAGACAUAAACGGGUAUCAUCUUUUUAUAUCCAGGAAGAAGUUGAGACGUCAGCAUUGGAUUCCAAGGAGCACCUUGGAAUGGGAGAAAAGAGGGAAUCAAGCCCGGUAUCACCGGUUAUUGGAUCAUUUGAAUCGAGUCAGAGACAAGGAUUAUCAUCAUUAUCGCUUUAUACGUCGCAACUUCUUGAAUCUGAACAGACAAAAGUUCCGGAUGUUCAGUUGCUAGAUUUACCUCAUAGAGUAUCUAGUAGCCCAUUUUUAUCAGGAGAAUCGCCAUCAGUAUUUUCAGCACCGGAAGAAUUUAAACAGUGCGUUCCUAAGACAUCGAGUAAACAAGUGUCAUCAGGAUCGCCUAAGAAAAAAGCGGGAAAAAGACGUGGAGGAGAGUUUUAUUCAUUGACGAAAUAUGCGUAUGAUCUAGUACGAUCGCAUUUACGUGGAGAGUCAUAUCGUCAGAAAAAGGUAUUAAAAGGAACAGAUAUAUCUGAAGAUUCAACACGAAUAUCAGGAGAAGAUACAACACAAACGUCUGGAUUUCGAGGAGGGGUGUUAUCGCAUCUUUUGAAAUUAUAUAAUUCAGAUAAUAUGCAUUUUAAUCGGCAAAACAUAACGCCGCCUGGUACAGGACGUAGUACGCCUAAAUGGCAUAGUAAAUCGACGAAUAGUUCGUCUACAUCAUUAUCAGCGUUAUUGGCAACAUCAUCAGUGACGGUUGCAGUUCCAGGUCUUUUAAAUAUUCAUCGUGAUGAUUCUGGUUCAGGAUUAUCAAGAUUAUCACGACCUCCGUAUAAAUUACGUAAGCAUAAUAGUGGAUUAGCGAAUGCCAUAAGACAUAGUCUAUCUCGAUCGAGAUUAGAAGAUGAGAUUCGUAUUACAAUACAUUUAGCAGAUGUUUUACAACGACAAAAAUUUAUUUUGAGAUUGUGUCAUGCAUUGAUGCUUUACGGAAGUCCUACACAUCGUUUAGAAGAAUGCAUGAGAUUGACAUCAAGAGUUCUUGAAAUUGAUGGACAAUUUUUAUAUAUUCCGGGGUGCAUGAUUGUUUCUUUUGGCGAUUUGAUUACUCAUACGUCAGAUAUGCAUGUUAUUCGUGUUAAUCAAGGAUUAGAUAUCGGAAAAUUACAGGAAACUCAUUUUAUCUAUAAACAAGUAAUUCAUGAUCUUAUUGGAGUAGAAGAAGCAAUGAAAAAUCUUGAUGAAGUAAUUAAUCGGAAACAGUAUUAUAAAAAUUGGGUUGUAGUUCUUUUUUAUGGUUUUGCAAGUGCGUUAGUGGGGCCAUUUGCAUUUAAUGCAUCUUGGCUUGAUAUGCCUAUUUCAUUUCUUUUAGGUUGUAUUUUGGGUUUAUUGAAAGUAAUUGUUGCACGACGAAGUCUUAUGUAUGCGAAUGCCUUUGAAAUAUCAGCUACUAUUAUUACGAGUUUUCUUGCAAGAGCUUUUGGAAGUAUACCAGAUCAAAAAAAUCAGGGGAAAUAUAUUUUUUGUUUUGCAAGUAUGGCAGAAAGUGCUAUUGCACUUAUAUUACCGGGUUAUUUAGUGUUGUGUGGAUCAUUAGAGCUUCAAACUAAAAAUAUAGUCGCUGGCUCUGUUAGAUUAUUCUAUGCUAUUAUUUAUUCAUUAUUUCUUGGUUUUGGAAUCACUAUUGGUUCUGUUAUUUAUGGUUCAAUGGAUCAAAAAGCUAGUAAUGAAACAUAUUGUCGUAGUAACAUUGAUGUUUUAUAUCGUUUUAUUUCUGUUCCUUUAUUCACCGCAUGUAUUUUAGUUGUUAACCAGGCAAGGCCACAUCAAUUCCCUGUUGCUGUAAUUAUCGCAGGCACAGGAUACAUUGUAAAUUUUUUUUCUUCAAAAAGAUUUGGUGCUUCUCAAGUUUCAAAUGCUAUAGGGGCUUUUGUAAUUGGAUGUCUUGGUAACAUAUAUUCUAGGAUUGGCCAUGGUUUAGCUUUUACCGUUGUUUUACCAGCAAUUUUUGUUCAAAUUCCAUCUGGUUUAGCUGCGCAAAGAGGUGUUUAUAUUGGUAUAGGGGAGUCAAAUGAAAUUUUUUCCCAUAAUUCAUCUACUGAUUAUAAUAUUUCUGAUUCUGCAAUUGAGCAUUCAGUUAGUCCUAAUUCUUUGUCUUUUGGUAUUGUCAUGAUUCAAAUUUCAAUUGCUAUUACUGUCGGUUUAUUUUUUAGUUCUAUCCUUAUUUACAGUUUUGGUGGCAUAAAAAAAAGGUCUGCUUUGUUUUCAUUGUAAAUUAAUCAUAAGAAACCCGAAUGCAUUAAUAUUCUUGUUCAAUAUU